AUGAUCAGCACCAAGAGGAUCGCUCAGCUGGCCACGAAGUGGUCGAGGAUGGCAGCGCUUGGGAGGAAGCGCCUCACGGCAGCAGCAAAGGAAGUCGACAAGUGCUGCACUUCCGUGGCAAGCAAGGGCCACUGCACAGUGUACACUGCUGACGGGGCACGGUUUGAGGUGCCCUUGGCGUGCCUCGGGACAACAGUCUUCACGGAGCUCCUGCAGAUGUCCAAGGAGGAGUUCGGCUUCACGGGCGGCGAUGGCAAGAUCACACUGCCCUGUGAUGCCAUGGUCAUGGAGUAUGCCUUGUGCUUGCUGAAGAGGGGUGCCUCUGCCGAGCUGGAGAAGGCAUUCCUAAACACCGUGGCAAUGUCGUGCCACUCUGCAAACCACGUGGUCCCGUACGUGGCAGCCUGCUGUUAG